AUGGAUUCGAUUAGUCUGUCUGUGAAUGGUGUUGCGUUCACCGAAGCUGCUGAGCUCCUGAAACCAGAAGAUCCCUUCUCAGGUCCGCUCAAGUCCGUCGCUCCUUGGAACUAUAAGAUCUUGGCUGGUUUGAUGUUCAUUAUAACGUCUUUGUCUCUGACUGAGAAUUUCACUGUAAUGCUGGUCACGUUUAAGUUCAAGCAGCUGAGACAGCCCCUGAACUACAUCAUUGUUAAUUUGUCGAUUGCUGACUUUCUUGUGUCACUUAUCGGGGGAACAAUAAGUUUUCUGACCAAUGCCACUGGGUACUUCUUUUUGGGAAAGUGGGCGUGCGUUUUGGAGGGAUUUGCAGUGACUUUUUUUGGAAUUGUGGCUCUGUGGUCCCUGGCUGUCCUGGCAUUCGAGCGCUUCUUUGUAAUCUGUCGCCCGCUGGGGAACGUUCGUUUGAGAGGGAAGCAUGCCGCACUCGGCCUGGUGUUCGUCUGGACCUUCUCCUUCAUCUGGACCAUCCCUCCAGUGCUGGGCUGGAACAGCUACACCACCAGUAAAAUCGGCACCACCUGUGAACCUAACUGGUAUUCGGGAGCCUACUCCGACCACAGCUACAUCAUCACCUUCUUCUUCACCUGUUUCAUUCUGCCGCUUGCCGUCAUCAUUGUGUCAUACGGGAAGCUGAUGAGGAAGCUCAGGAAGGUGUCCAACACGCACGGCCGCCUGGGUAAUGCCAGGAAGCCGGACCGUCAGGUGACACGCAUGGUCGUGGUCAUGAUCGUGGCCUACAUGGUCGGCUGGACACCCUACGCAGCUUUCUCCAUCACUGUCACGGCCUGUCCCACGAUCCACCUGGACCCGCUGCUGGCUGCUAUUCCUGCCUUCUUUGCCAAAACCGCCGCCGUUUACAACCCAGUGAUCUACGUCUUCAUGAACAAACAAUUCAGGAAGUGCCUGAUUCAGCUGUUCAGCUGCAACGGCGCUACCCUGGACUCCACCUUGAACCAGACCACAGACCGAGCUGGCGUGACCGCAGAGAGCAACACAGGCGAGAUGUCGGCCAUCGCGGCCCGGAUCCCCGUCGCUGGGAACGCGGUGCAGACCCAGGAGGAUGAGACCAGUGAGGGUAGCACCUUUGGUCAGCUGCCUAUCCCUGAGAACAAAGUCUGUCCCAUGUAAUACAGCACUCUUCUCUCGAGCUCCUGCUUCCUUACCUUGGCCUACACCCACCUGGCCUUAUCUGCCAGCACCCCCUCACUCCCCUAUCCUCCAUCCCUUGCCCCACACACACAUGCAUGCAUGUACUACUGCUGCACUACCCCAUUUAGAGAAACUCCACACUUCCUUGCAUUCCUCCAAGAAAAAAGCAGCACCCUCUCACAAAUGAAAAACUAAUGGAAACAAUAUUGAGUAUAAAUAUUAUGUUCUUUAUCCUUCAACCUUUUUUUUUUACCUUCAGUAAGCACUUGCCAACUUGUGAACAUAUACUUUGAAUCCUCUCCACAC